GGAGUGUUCAUCACGAGCUGUCCGCGAGCUCCUCCGGCAGCAGCAGCAGCAGUCAGUGAGUUGUAGUUGUAUAAAUGGAGGAUUCAUGUUUUCUUCCCAUUGGAUCACAGUUUAUCUGAGCCGUGACGGGGACAGACAGCGGAGACGUUAAAGAGAGGAGGGACGCUCAACGGAGGAGGACUUCAGUGUCGAGGAUAGCAAACUAGGAACGACUUGCUUGAAAGAUGGGGUGCAGGCUUCCUAAGCUGAGGAAGGCAGAAGAGAGGCGAAGCCCGGGCAACAUCUACUCCACCCUGCGACGACCUCAGGUGGAGACUAAAGUGGGCGUGUCCUACACCUACCACUUCCUGGAUUUCUUGUUGGGGAAAGAAGAGGUGCCGGUGUCAUCGGUGCUGUGUCUCUCCUCAGUCAGGGAGCUGCCAGUCCAGGUCAGGGAGCUCUACGCGCAGGGUUUCGUCCUGGUCGCCGUGCACCCGUUUGUCCAUCCCUGCGGCCCUCGUCACGCACAUAUCCAGCGGCAGCUCCACAGAGCCGUGCUGGUUCGGGAGACGCCAAGUUCAGAGAAAAGCCAGCUGAGGUGGAGCAGACAUCGUCUGGAGACGGACGUGUGUGUGGCCGGUCACCAGGCUGCUGACCCAGAGGUGAUCCAGAGCUACGUCAAGAGGAUUCAGGAUGUAGCCGAACAAGGGGUGAUGUUUGUGGGCUUCCUCCAGCAGCCAGGCGGAGGACCCUGCUACUUGGGGAACUGGGACCCAGAAGAGCUGUCCUCUUUACAUUCAAGCCCUUCACCCAUACAUCGACACCCCUUCAGUGCCAACACCAGCCCCACAGAUCCAACAGAACCACAUCAUAAUGAUGCAGAAGCUGACCAUCUCUUUGAUUCUCCUGAGUCAGAUAAUGAAGGUUCAGAAAAGCCUCUAAAUCUCACCCAGAGUUUAGAGCCUGUGUCUACCGAGCUAUUCCAGACCGGCCUCAAAGACUCAACAAGCCAACCUCAAGACCACAGCAGGCCCAGCAUAGACGCACUUCAAGGGUGUCCACAUCAAAACCCAGAAGAAGAGGAAGAAAACCAGCAGAGUGCCAGCCCUCAAGAUAGUGCAGGCGUGAUCAGACAGCAGAGAGGCCACCUACCAGACGUCAAAGUAUCCGCCCAGAGAGAAAGGCAGAGUUCAAGCUCUGACAGCUGGCUCAGCUCUCCAGAGCUGGAUCCAAACCAGGAGAGAAAGUCCAGCUCUGCGUUUUCAGAUGGGCAAAGCAGAGUGACGACACACAACAACAACCAUAUCAGACUGAAGAGCUCAGAGAAAGAGAAGCCAACAUCAACACCAGCUCAGGGUAGGAUGCAGCUCUUCGCCUUGUACAACCACACAGGAGAGCUGAACACAUCUCUGAGGUUUUACUCCCUCAGGGUGCCACUGAGAGUUCAAAAGGAAGCCGGUCAGAUCACAGAGGUGGACACAAAUUGGCUUGACCACAUGACACAGCAUUUCACUAGCGGGGCUCACCUCAUCGAUGGGUUCUUCCACCUUAAAGAGGAUAACGACAAUGGCCUUUCAUGUGUGGAUAGCGUGUUCAUCUUCCAGAGCUCUGCAGAGGAGACCACAGGCCCCUCCUACGACGCCAUCGUGGUGGAGCAGUGGACCGUCGUUGAUGGUGUUGUUGUGAAGGCAGACUACGUCCCUUUGCUCCAGUCUCUGGCUCCAUAUGGAUGGAGGCUGAUGUGUGUUCUACCAACACCUAUUGUCAAGACCAACAGUGACGGGAGUUUGUCGACAAAGCAGAUCCUCUUCCUUCAGAGACCCGUUUUGCAGCGCAAGAGAAAAGACUUCAAGAUGCUGAACCUCAGGGGUCGCAGCAAGGCGAAGAAAAAAUCCAACGGAGAAACGCAGGAGGAGAUAGAUGAGCGGUCCCCGGUGAUGGAGACGGAGAUGGACAGAUGGAGAAGAAACACGACGGAGGAGGAAGAAGAAGAAGAGGCCGAGAGGAGGAAGAGCAGGGAGAGCAUUCAGAGAGGAGGAGAGGAAAGCGAGGAGGAGAAAGAGGAGGGACAGCACUAUCAAAGACGACUCUCGUUCCUGCCAGGAAGCAGAGUUUACGUCGAAGAUCAGGAAGAGGAAACCGACAUCGACGAGAUCUUGAUGUCCAGUCAGGAGAAGUCUGUGAGGUGGACAGACGUGUGUCACAGGGAUGAAGGAGGCGCUAAAGACGAGGUGAAGAUGGAGGAGAGGAUCAAGCAGCAGCUGUUUUCAGGCGUCUGUUGACACAUCAGGAACAGAGCAGGAGAGGAGCAGCGGAAACGGUUCAGUGUGUCAAGAAAUGCCUUUGAAAACUAACUUUGUGUUCCUCUUUGGACAUCCGUACUGUAUCUAGUCAUGUACAGUUACUGCUUCUCUCUGGUUCGCCUUUGAGGUUGUAGCUCCAUGAAUGAGAAAGUUUAGUUUGGCUCUGCUUUGAGUCAGUGUUGAUCUGUUAUUUAUCUGUGAAAUGAAACAAGGCUGCAAGAUUACAAACUAGAGGAAGUCUACAGGCCUUAAGUAUUAAGUCCCAUUGCUGUAUUUUACUACUUUUUUGAAUAUGACUGUUAAAAAGGGAGCAGUGAUGGGAAUUUGGACUCUUUUUAGUGAGCUGGAUCAAGAUGAGCCGGCUUUUUUAGCUCCCAAACGGCUCUUCAUUUAGUAUCAUUAAUUCAGUUUAAUGUUUUGCCCUAUGAUUGAUAUAUGUGCAUGUAUUUUAUGGAUAUAAUUCAUUUUAAUGAUAGUAAACCAUAUAAUUCUCCUGAUAACACUGUUUGACAUGAUGUUUGGUAUAAAACAUCAAUGUUAUACCACCGAGCAGUAUUUGUGUCUUUGGCUGAGCGAUGCAGAGUUGAUAUCUAUUCUGUCAUGUAAUAAAUAAAAACAAAAAUGGGGGAGAAAAUUGGGAACGGCUCGGCUCCAAACAUUCACUUCAAAGAGCCAGCUCUUUUGCAAAAGACAUAUCACUAAUAGCUUGACCUGAUGUAUUUUUAUGUAUAGAUACUUUUAGAUAGAAACAAGACAGAUUAGGCCCAAAAAUGCAGCCCAGCCCUACCUAUUCUGUCCCAUUAACUGUAUUUAUAGGCUUGAGCCUGUUUUAAACUGUUAUUUUAAAGUUAAAACCUUCAUUUAGAGUUUUCAAGACAGAAAUUUGUGCAGGUGAGAUCCUUAUGAGCACAACACAAAAACAUACAUUAUAGACUUGGCAUAUUUAUUGUUACUGAUAAACAGAGCAGUGAGGAUGAGGAGCAGACGCACAGCUUUUUGGAGAUCAGUGUCUUAACAGUCAUUUUAUUUACAGUGUCUAUAAAAACUAUUAGCCCCCUCUGAUGUUUUACCCUUUUAUUUAUUUUAUAAAUCAAUUAUGAUCAAUGCUUCGGGUCAUUGUCUUGCUGGAAAAUAAAUCUUCUCCCAAGCCAUAGUUCUCUUGCUGACUAAAUAAGAUACUCCCCUAGUAUUUUCCUACAUUCAUUUUACCCCCUACCUUUAUGGGCCUUCCAGGGCUGAGAAACAUCCCCACAGCAUGAUGCUGCCACCACUGUGCCUCAAAGUGGGGAUGGUGUGUUUGUGGUGAGGUUCAGUGUUUGGUGUCCACCGAGCGUAGCGCCUUGUCUGAUGGCCAAAAAGUAUCACAAAUUUUCUUCAUCAGGAUGACCCUGAUGAAGGCUACAUGCCGAAACGCGUCAGUCUAAUAAAGUUGUUCCUUAAACUACAAGUGUUGCUGGAGAUUUCUGUUCUCUCCAAGACUCUCCUCAUCCUCCAUGCACCUUGGAAGUUGGUGAAAUUGUGCCAGAUUUACCCACUUAAACCUAAACAUUACAAUUAAAGUUUCCUCAAAAUUUCAUGUAAAAUCCAGUAAAAUUUUGAGCAAAUUCCCCCAAAUUUAAAAGCAAAUUCUCCCCAUAUUUUACAAAUGAAUUCCCCCAAAUUCCAUGAAAAUGAUGAUUUUCCCCAAAACUUUCAAAGAAAUUCCCUCAAUUUCCAUCAAAUUUCAUGAACCGUCUUCUUGCAAAGGUGGCAUCCAUCACAGUACCACGCUUCAAGUCUCUGAGCUCUUCAGUACGUCCCAUUUAGUAUCACAACUGUUUGUAAAUGGAGACUGCAUGGCUAGGUGCAGUGGCAGCGGGUCUGAUUGAAACACCUGAAAUCAAUCAACAGGUUUGGCCAAAUACUUUUGUCCAUAUAGUGUAUCUGGUGCAUUAGACCUAGCAUUACAUUUACACUGAACUUGAUGUGUAAAAUCUAGGAACUAUACAUAACUUCUUGUCAAGUUCUUGUAAAGUACAGUUCUAGCACUACUGCUCCACACUGAGAUGUGAUUUCCUCAGAUAAAACGCAGAACCCAAGACUGAUAUGAAACAAAAAAACAUAUAGAAUUGGCUUCUAGAAAAGACAAACUGCUGUUAUCUUUUCUAUAACUUCACUUUAUCAAUGCUGGGAGGAUCACAUGUUCAAAUGUUCUAAUCAUGCCGUAGGUGAUUCUUCAGAGAUCUGCAGCUCUGAUGAGCCAGUGAUUCUCUGCUUCGCUACUUCAGCAGAAAAGUGAAACUGCUUUAAAUAAAAUGAGCUGUAAAAGAUUUUCUCUUCAUGAAACAUGUAAAUUAGAAAUGAACUAUUUAUGACUGAUUUCCUG